UAGGUUUUAUGAUGUUAUCGUCUCAAUUUAGGGUUCGUUUCCGUUUCAAUCGAUUUGGGGAUACUUUCGAUUUAGGGUUUCAAAAAAAUUUUGGGUUUUCAAUUGAUUUCCGGUUCUUUUGGGUUCAACUUAUUCAAAACGUUCUCGGUUUCAAUCUAAGGGAUCUUCGUAUUUGUUCUUAAACAUGUUUCGAUUUCGGUUUCGAAAGACCAAUUUGUUUUCAAUCGAUUUGAACGUCUAUUUGUUUUCUUAUUACGGUUUAUAUGUGUUUGGUUUUUAGUUUGCGUAUCUGUAUGGUUUGAUUAUUCAAAUCUUGUUGUCUGUUGAGCUCGAAAACUCAAUCUUGGAUGCCCUCUGUAGUGUUGCCUAUCUUGUUUUAUUAGUUCUCGUUCUCGUUAUUCUGUUUCGUUGCUCUGUAGUCUUAUUGUUCUUUAAUAAUCCUUCUUCUUUGCUUACAAAUUAUCUAUUUUUUUCAGGUCAAACAACCAUGGGACAAGACUAUAGCUACAGCCAGCCUUCUUCAUCUUCGGAGUUUGACAUGACCUCCCUACUCUUAGCAGAAGCUGAAGCCUACGCGGAUGAAGCUGAGAGUAGCUACCCAAUUGAAGAGCCGGUUCAGUACCCACUGCAACCUUAGGCAGAUGAAGGCAUCCCGACGACAUGCUAUUGUGGUGCUGAGCCAGUUGUUGAAACUUCGUACACUCGUAGAGAUCCAGGCAGAAGGUACUUCUCGUGCGUCAACGUUGACGAUGGAGACUGUCACAUUUGGAAGUGGUGGGAUGUGGCGAUCAUGGAGGAGAUGCGUGACUUUCAGAGACAAAUCAGGCUGCUCAAGAAUCAAUUCUUUAAGACUGACCAGAAGGUGGCAAAGCUAGAGAAGACCGUGGGUUUGUUACGUAAGAAGAAUUCAGGGGUUGCAAAGGGAGUUUGUCUACUGGUCAUGGUAAUAACGGUCAUGAUUUUGUGCUGGAAGAGCUUUGGAGGAUUUAAGCCACAACGUCUGAACUCGAGAUUGUCUUGCCAGGUACGAUCUUGCUGGUGCUUAAUAAAAACCAGCACUUCACUGUUUUUUAGUUUGCGUAUAGUUUAGAUAUUGUCUUUGAAUAAAAAAACAUAUUAGGAUGAUUUAAUGGUAGUUUGCUUCCUAACUCCUUAGAUUUGAUAGGUUUUAAGAGUUAGCAGUAGAGAACUUAUUAGGAUGAUUUAAUGGUAGUUUGCUUCCUAACUCCUUAGAUUUGAUAGGUUUUAAAAGUUAGCAGUAGAGAACUUAUUAGGAUGAUUUGAUUGGUGCUAGUGCUUAAAUGCUUAUUAGGUUUUAAAUGCUAGUUUACUUUCUAUCUGCCAAAGUACGCCGACCAUAAAUAUUUUUUACAUCUACUUCGCUUACUUAAGGGCCUGUGUUGCUAAUAGAGUGACGCAGACCAUCCUCUAAACAUGAAUCAUACAACUGGGUAUGUUAAUCUUUUGUAUAGUCAAUGUUCAGUUGACCUUGAGUCUCCCGAACCUGCUUGGUUCGGUAGUCAAGGUCCUGAUGAGUCUCCUGUCGAGUCUGGUGUCGAGCCCACUACCAAGGAGAGGAGGAAAUGGACCACUAAAGAGGAUAAAAUCUUGAUUAGUGCGUGGCUUAACACCAGCAAAGACGCUGUAGUCAGCAAUGACCAGAAAGCCCAAAAUUUCUGGAAGAGGAUUCUGGACUACUACAACGCAAGCCCUCUCCUUGUUGGGACAUUACCUAGAGAGCUUCGCCAGUGCAAGCAGAGGUGGGCUAGGAUUAACGAGCAAGUGAGUAAAUUCGUAGGAUGCUAUGAUGCGGCUUUGAGGGAGCAAAGAAGUGGCCAAAAUGAUGAUGAUGUGAUGAAAGCUGCCCACGACAAUUUCUGCGAUGCUUACGGUUACAAGUUCAAUCUCGAACAUGGGUGGAGGGAGCUGAGGAAUGACCAGAAAUGGUGCUCAACCAAUGUUUCUAAAGACGGGGGGAAAGACAAGUGAAAACAUGUGGUGGACGUUGAUAGAGAAGAUGAAGUUGGAAAACCUGAGGCUAGACCAAUGGGUGUCAAAGCUGCUAAAGCUGCUGGGAAGAGGAAGAAGAAUGGCAAGGAAGAAGAGAUGUCACAGCUACAGGCCAUAUUAGAGAUGAAGGAUAAACUUCAAAAGCAGAAAAUUCUGGAUCGUUUACUUGCCAAGAGAGAUCCACUCUCUGAGAUGGAGUCAUCUCUAAAACUGAAACUUAUGGCUGGGAUGUUAGGAUGAUAGUAAGGUUUUAAUGUGUGUAUUGGGUAGUUGCUUUAGUUACAUGUGCAUAUUGCUUUUGUUAC